UCAACUUCAAAAUCCGUGUUUUAGGAGUAAUUUGAAGUCUUGGGGUUCAAUUUCAAACGAAGAAGAUGAUGGGUAACUCUAGAAUUGAGUUUUUGAGUAACUCUUAGUUUCUUUCUUUGUUGAAUUAUGCAUGUAUUGAAGUUGAUAAUUGAUUCUGCAUUUUCAAAUUCCUUGAAAUGAAGCUAAGCUUAAUCAGGGUAUAUCCUUCUUAUAGGUUCCAAAUACACCUCGAUUCUUCUACAUUUAGCAGUCUGUGUAGACCCGUUUGUUCUUUAGUACUAUCAUCUUCUCCACCCACUUCUCUGAAACCCCAAGUUCCCCUUUUUCUAAGGUCACCCAUCUAUUCAACAAAAUCAUGUGACCUCAAAAAGUGGCAUGAAUGGGCCAAAAGUGUUGCUUCUUCAAUUGGGUCAUCUUUUGUGCAGUCAGAUAAUGGGCCAGACUCAAGCAUUUUGUGCAGGGAGCUUACGUGGCUCAUUGAGGAUGCUGUUGAAGACGACCACUCAGUGUUUUCACAGUUGAGUGUGGAGAGUAAUGAUGAGAGGGUGAGAAUGAGGGUUGAUAUAGAUGAGCUCUACUGUUUAUGGAAGCAGAGGAUCCAAGAGAGGAGACCUUUUCAAUAUAUAGUUGGAUGUGAGCAUUGGAGGGAUUUGGUGUUGAGUGUUCAAGAAGGGGUCUUGAUUCCCAGACCUGAGACAGAACUUGUUGUUGAUUUGGUGUCUGAUGUGGUUUCAAAGAAUGAGGAUUUGAAAAGUGGGGUGUGGGCUGAUUUGGGGACUGGGAGUGGUGCCCUUGCUAUAGGCAUUGGUAGGAUUUUAGGAAGUGAGGGGAGGGUUAUUGCCACAGAUUUAAGCCCUGUGGCAGUUUCUGUUGCAGCUUACAAUGUGCAGAGGUAUUGCUUACAGGACAAAGUUGAAUUAAGGGAAGGAUCUUGGUUUGAACCAUUGAAGGAUAUGGAAGGAAAACUUGCAGGUCUUGUAAGCAACCCACCUUAUAUACCAAGUAAAGAAAUCUCUGGUCUACAAGCUGAAGUUGGUAGACAUGAACCUAGAGUUGCAUUAGAUGGAGGUAUUGAUGGCAUGGAUGCUCUUCUCCGUCUUUGUGAUGGAGCUGCUCUAAUCUUGAAGCCUGGUGGAUUUUUUGCCUUUGAGACAAAUGGUGAACAACAGUGCAGGGCUUUAGUUGAUUACAUGGAAAAUCAUAGAAGUGGAAGCUUCUGCAAUUUUGAAAUACUUGCUGAUUUUGCUGGUAUUCAAAGAUUUGUAAUAGGAUUCCAUCAAUAAGCAAUAUGACUUACAGAAUACAUGUUUAUUUUAUUUUAACUUUUUGUGGGAAUUACUCUCCAUGAUAUUGGAUCACAGAUUCAGCAAAAAUGUAUCAAAAGGUAUAACUAUAAUG